AUGGAGGAAACCAGUUCAUUUCUGAACCCUCAGUAUAACAAUGACAGCACCGCUGUUUGGGCACCGAUGCCUUCAGCUCCCAGCAGACAGCUGGACUCCCUGUCCAACCCGCAGACACGCUUCAAGGACCUGGCAGGGAUAUUUUUCAUGGUGACCCUGAAUAUUCUGGCACUUCUUGCCAACACUGCUGUUCUGGUAGUUGUCAUAAAAGCCCCUCAUCUCAGGAAAUUUGCCUUUGUGUGCCACUUGUGUGCAGUGGACCUGCUGUGUGCCAUCUUGCUCAUGCCUCUUGGGAUUGUGUCCAGCUCUCGGUACUUUGCUGGGGUGGUGUUCACGGUACUGGAGUGCCAGGUCUACGUCUUCCUUAAUGUAAUCCUCAUGGCUGCCUCUAUCUUCACCAUCACAGCCAUCAGCGUGGAGCGCUACUACUACAUCGUCCACCCAAUGCGCUAUGAGGUCAAGAUGACACUGAAACUGACUGCAGCCGUGAUAGUGAUGGUGUGGGUGGCCUCUGGCGUGCUGGGGUUGUCCACCAUGUUUGGGUGGCAGUUCUAUGGCAGCCUGAGCUCUAUCAGUGCCGCACACUGCUCGCUGUACUGGAGCCAUAGUGACCACAGACGAGUCUUCUCUGUGUUCUUUAGUGUUACUUGUUUCUGCCUACCUGCAGUUGUGAUUUUUGCCGUGUACUGUAAUGUGUACAAGGUGGCCCGUGUGGCUGCCCGCCAGCAUGGACCCCUGCCCUUGUGGACAAACAGUCAAGUGAAGCAUCGCUCUGACUCAAUAAACAGCCAGACUACCAUCAUCACAACCCGCAAUGCCCCACGUAGGAUUAUGCGUGACCGGCCUUUUGGGGGAGGGAAAGCUGCUCUCACUCUGGUGGUUAUUGUUGGCCAGUUUCUGAUCUGCUGGCUGCCUUACUUUGCCUUUCACCUGUAUCUGAUGCUGGACGCAGCAUCCAAAGUUCCUGAUGACCUGCAGGAAACAGUCACUUGGCUAGCAUACUCCUCCUUUGCUAUCAACCCAUUUUUUUAUGGGCUUCUAAACCGGCAGAUCAGGGAGGAACUUUGUAAGCUGAGGCGCUGCUACUCAGCUCGGCCAGUGGAGCUGGCCGUCUCCAGCCAUGAGGGCUCAGGCCAUGAGAACUUCCUGCAGUUCCUCCAUAGGACCAGCUGCACAGUUGAGACACGUGCAAGCUUUGCCACAUCCAGUCCUAGAAGCACUCUGGAUCAAACUGGGCAGACUGGUUUCAGGAUACCAGGACAGAUCCCUGAAGAGUUCAGUUAG